GUUUCAUCGAACAAUGGGGGAGCCGUGGCAAUCGACAAGCGGAGUGUCAUUGUCAUGAUUCGUAGUUUUGCAUUUUUUUUCCCACUUGGUCUACCAGUGGGGACGCUUGACUUUUUCCUUUUUUUUUUCAAUGUGAUCAUGGAGAUGGGUCCGUCCUUACCGUCCAAUGAUAAUGUGAUUCCUACGUUUUCCAUGAGUUCAGGCUGGCCUGUGAGGAAUCUGUACAAGAGUGACAGUAGCAUCAAUUUCAAUUCUACCCAACAUGAUCAGCAGCCACCAUCCACUCGCUUUUCCGACUCCUCCUUGCAUUUGAUGCUCGGCUUAGCAUCAACUACGCACCAUCACGCCGGUUCGUCCGUGAAUGAUCGAGAAAGAUCCAUGACCCAUGCCCGGCAAUGGGACAAACUGUUACGCCACUCCAGGCAUCCCAGUCAUUCAGCAAGCAAACUGGGUCCUUUCAACAGCCGAUCGGUGGGGUCUCCGUCGUUGCGCUUCUGGCGACGACCGAUCAGAAAGCGUCAUAACACCGUUUCUACUGUGCGACCGUCUCGUAUUCCAAUAAGCGUCCAUCGUAUCAAAGCUCGGGCUGCCUUCUCCAAUGCUACCAACGACCUCGUCAAAGCUAUUUCGCUGUGUGAUAUUUCCUCCGACUCUGCACAACAUACCCUCGUGACCAACCUGCAAGAUAUUGCCGAAUCGUCCGAAGAAACCGACCCUGCACCACUGGAACAAGAAGCGGAUACUGUCAUGGAUACCGCACUAUAGCAAGUCGGUCUCUCGCCAUACUCUCCGAUUCUUUUUUCAUCAUUUAUCAUAUUCCCCUCGAUCCUAUCUUUUUCUUUUUUUCUAGGCAUUGACAUAUGGUUCAGUAACAUGACAAUGACUUUUUUACUGGCUGGCAUCAAAAUUGGUUUAUAGAUAAAAAAUGG